CCACGUGUUCCGCGGGGAUCCAGGGAUGCUGAAACAUCUCUGGCACCCGCCAACGCCGGAGCUGCCUCCGGCGCUUUGGGGGAAAGAGAGGAAUCCUAGAGCCCCACGGCAGCUGCCGGGGUGGUUGGUGGCUGGUGGCUGAUGGGCUGGUGGGUGCCGGGGUGCGCUGAGCGUCGCCGAGGUUGCAUCAUUCUGGGAAGGGCCGGGAGCAGAGUCCUCUGGGGUCAGGUUGUUAUGGGGGCCCCAUAAACGAGCCCCGCUCGCGGCCUUUGGCACCUCGUUAGGUUUGUUUUUCGAGGUUCGUUUCUCGGGAUCGCCGGCAUGGACUCUUCGUGGCAGACAGGUUCGGCGGGUGACGCGGUUGAUGGACCCAGCAGAAGCCAAAUGGAAGAAGGGCCAAUUAAUUAUGUGGAAGAAAGGCGGCUGAAUGAGGGCAGCGGGCUCAGCCUGGUGAAUGGGGGCCGGCCGGAGCCGGGGGGCACCGUGCUGAUGGAGCCCAGCGGGUGGUCACCGGGCCAACCACCCACCGCCGGCAAAGCCCACCUGGAAGACGUCCGGAACCUGGUGGCCUUCUCGGCGGUGGCCGAAGCCGUCUCGUCCUACCGGCUCCCGCCACCGGGCUCGCCGUCACUGCUGUAUGAGAAGUUCGACUCGGAGAUGAGCCGGGGCGGGCUGGGCGCGGCGGACGGCGUGCCCAGGGGCGAGGACCUGCACGCCCUCAAGGCCGCCCUGGCGCUGGCCAAGCACGGCGUGAAGCCCCCCAACUGCAACUGCGACGGCCCCGAGUGCCCCGACUACCUGGAAUGGCUGGAGCAGAAGAUCAAGACGGCUCUGGGUGAAGAACUGGCAUCCCCGCGGCCCCGCGCCGCUGCCAUCCCCCCUCCCACCCCACAGGAAGGUGCUAUCGACCCCCAGCCGGUGCCUGAGGCCGCCGAACCGUGCCCGCCCGACGGCCUCCCCUUUUCCCAGAGCGCGCUGACCAUCGCCAAGGAGAAGAACAUCAGCCUGCAGACCGCCAUCGCCAUCGAGGCCCUCACUCAGCUCUCGGCCGCCCUGCCCCAGCCCGCGGGCGAUGGGCAGCCCCGCCGCCGCCACCCCCGCCGCCCCCGCCACUCCCUUCGGCCCGGGCCCCUCGCCCCGCCGGGGGCCGCGUGGCAGCGAGGGGACGAGCCCCGCUACCCUCCCGAGCCGGGGGCGGCACCUGAGCCAUUUUUCGGCGCGGCACCUCCCCGGGGCAACUUCUCAGCACCGUGGGGGCUGGAGGCCGAGGGGGCGGCGGGGGCUGGAGACCCCAUGGCAGAGCUGGAGCAGCUGCUGGGCAACGCCGAUGACUACAUCAAGGCGGCUUUCAAGAGACCCGAAGCGACCCCCGGCAAAGUGACGGCCCCCAAAACAGAGCCCCCCGAGCGAGCGGCCAGCAAGGAGGCACCGGGUGGCCCCCCGGUGCCACCGGUGCCACCGGAGCCUGACCUGCACAAGAAGACGCAGCUGGUCCUGCAGCAGCAUCUCCACCACAAGCGCAGCCUCUUCCUCGAGCAAAGCCUGGCGGCGGCAGCUCCCCCGGACCGGCCGGGAGGAUGGUGGGCCCCCGGCACCCCGGCCGCGCCCCCCAAACCCUUCGAAAAGCAGCCCAAAGAGAAGAAGAAGAAAAUGCCGCCCGAGAAGCCUCCCCCGGCCAAACCUCUCCGCAAGCAAGUGCAGAUCAAGAAGGCGAAGCAGAAGGACUCGCAGCCGCUCUUCCCACCCCUCUGGCAGAUCAGCCUGGAGGGGUUUCGGGCGCCCGCCGAACCCGCCGAACCCCCCGCCGAGGAGAUGCAAACGGACCCGCCGCCGCCGCCAUCGGCCUUCCCGCACCAGCCUCUUGCACUACCCCAGCCCGCCGCAUGCCCCCCGCCACCCAACCCCCCCGGCGGCGUCCCCCCGGCUCCCGACUCUCAGGAAAGGGGUGCCCCCGGGGGGGGCCCCCAAAUUCACUCGGCGCCGGCGGGCUCGGAGGAAGCGCCGGCUGCCCCCGCGCCGGCCACCUCGGCUCCCAUCAUGGUGGAUGACAAGUUGGAAGAGCUCAUCCGACAAUUUGAAGCCGAAUUCGGGGAGAACUUCAACCUGCCGCCCCCAGAGACGCCCGCCCCGCUCGCCCCCGGGGCUGCCGAGGAGCCAGGGGGACCAGCACCAGCCCCGCAAGGGUCCCCCCAAAGCGCCGCCGCCGCCCCGGCCCCGAGCGGCGCUCCCCAACCCGGCCUCAAGAGCUGCGCGUUGUCUCCGGGGAAGGCUCUGCUGACAGAGCCCCCCUUCGCCGCCCGCUCCCCCAAACAGAUCAAAAUCGAAUCUUCUGGUGCUAUCACCGUGGUGUCCACCACGUGUUUUUACUCCGAGGAAAGCCAAAACCCGGACGCGGAUGACGCUGACAGGACGCCCACCAAGGACGAGGUGCCGCUGACACCCACCCUGAGCGGCUUUUUGGAGUCUCCGCUGAAGUACCUGGACACGCCGACCAAAAGCCUCCUGGACACCCCAGCCAAGAGGGCACAAGCAGAAUUCCCCACCUGUGACUGCGUUGAGCAAAUCGUGGAGAAGGACGAGGGGCCGUAUUACACCCACCUGGGCUCGGGGCCCACCGUGGCCUCCAUCAGGGAGCUCAUGGAGGAGCGGUACGGUGAGAAGGGCAAGGCCAUCCGCAUCGAGAAGGUCAUCUACACCGGGAAGGAGGGCAAGAGCUCCCGGGGCUGCCCCAUCGCCAAGUGGGUGAUCCGCAGACACAACCAGGAGGAGAAGCUGCUGUGCCUGGUGCGGCACCGGGCCGGGCACCACUGCCAGAACGCCGUCAUCAUCAUCCUCAUCCUGGCCUGGGAGGGCAUCCCCAGGACCCUGGGGGACACCCUGUACCAGGAGCUCACCGACACCCUCACCAAGUAUGGCAACCCCACGAGCCGCCGCUGCGGCCUCAACGACGACCGGACCUGUGCCUGCCAAGGCAAAGACCCCAACACCUGUGGUGCUUCCUUCUCCUUCGGCUGCUCGUGGAGCAUGUACUUCAACGGCUGCAAAUACGCCCGGAGCAAAACGCCCCGCAAGUUCAGGCUGGUGGGAGACAAUCCCAAAGAGGAAGAGCUGCUCCGGAGAAGCUUUCAGGACUUGGCCACCGAGGUUGCCCCGCUUUACAAGAGGCUGGCGCCACAAGCCUACCAAAACCAGGUCACCAACGAGGACGUAGCGAUCGACUGCCGGCUGGGCCUGAAGGAGGGGAGGCCGUUCUCGGGGGUGACGGCGUGUAUGGACUUCUGUGCCCACGCUCACAAGGACCAGCACAACCUCUACAACGGCUGCACGGUGGUCUGCACGCUGACCAAGGAAGACAAUCGUGUGGUGGGCAAAAUCCCCGAGGACGAGCAGCUGCACGUCCUGCCCCUCUACAAGAUGUCCAGUACGGAUGAGUUCGGCAGUGAGGAGAACCAAAACGCCAAGGUGGGCAGCGGGGCCAUCCAGGUGCUCACGUCCUUCCCCCGCGAGGUCCGCAAGCUGCCCGAGCCCGCCAAGUCCUGCCGGCAGAGGCAGCUGGAGGCCAGGAAAGCCGCCGCGGAGAAGAAGAAGUUGCAGAAGGAGAAGCUGAUGACGCCAGAGAAGAUCAAGCAGGAGGCGCUGGAGCUCCCCACGCUCCAGCCAAACGCAGGUAUGGCCUUGAAAAGCGGGAUCCCCCCGCAACCGCUGAAACCUUCCAUCAAGGUGGAACCCCAGAGCCAUUACAACGCCUUCAAGUACAACGGCAACGCGGUGGUGGAGAGCUACUCGGUGCUGGGCAGCUGCCGGCCCUCCGACCCCUACAGCAUGAACAGUGUUUACUCUUACCAUUCCUACUAUGCACAGCCCAAUCUGCCUUCCGUGAACGGGUUUCACUCCAAGUUCGCGCUUCCCUCCUUCGGGUAUUACGGCUUUUCCAGCAACCACGUGUUCCCCUCGCAGUUCCUCAACUACGGGGCGCAGCGGGGCGGGAGCAGCUGGGUGAGCAACGGCUACGAGAAGAAGCCCGACGUGUCGGUGCUGCAGGAGAACCUCAACCACACCUACGGGAACACCACCUUCCCCGAGCCCGUCCCGCACGGCGUGCGGAGCAAGAACCACCACCAGCGCACCUACGAGCGGGCCAACCGCUACGCCAGCCAGCAGAAAGCGGCGGCCGCCGGGGCGCACAGGACUAACCCGGGCUCGGAGGAGGCACCGUCCUUUGCACAGAACUGUUUCGGCAACCGCCCCAUCAAGCAGGAACCUCCGGACCCUCCACCCACCAUCGAGCCCCUUCCUGGCGCAGCAGCCGUGCCUGGUGCCGGCCUGACGCUGCCGGCCAUCCCCACACACGGCGCGGCGCCGGAGCAGCGCUGGAGCCCCUUCAAGGCGCCGCAGGGCGUGUCUUCCCCCGAAAGGACUAACACGGCCGAGGGCUCGUGGGCUGCGCUGGCGCCGGGCGCAGGCGGGCGGAAGAAGCUGAGCGCCUUCGACGCCGCCGCGCGCCUGCCGCCACCAGAGAAGCAGUGGCCCAACGUCCUGGCGGCGGGAGAACCGGCGGCAGCGCCGGCGCGCGGGUCGGGAGGAUUGCUGCCGAAGCCGUGGAGCCCCUGCAAGCUCGGGGAGGCGGCGCUGGCCGGCACAGGCACCUCCAGCCUGCUGGGCUCGCUGGGCUUUGGCUCGGCUCUGCCGGGGCUGCCCAGCUUCCAGGAGCCGUGGGGCUCUGUGAAGGUGGAGGAGCGCAGGACGCCGGCACCCAGCCCGGGGCUGCCGGAGAAGCCGUGGGAGGCGGCGUUGGGCGAGAAGGGGUUGGCAGGGCCCCGCCAGGACAAGCCAUGGGACCCCUUUGGCCUGGAGGAGGAUCUACCGGAGAAGGCGGUGAAGGAGGAGGAGGAAGAGGAGGAGGAGGAGGAGGAGGAAGAGGAGGAGGAGUGGUCGGACAGCGAGCACAACUUCCUGGACGAGAACAUCGGCGGCGUGGCCGUGGCGCCCGCCCACGGCUCCAUCCUCAUUGAGUGUGCCCGCCGCGAGCUCCACGCCACCACCCCGCUGAAGAAACCCAACCGCUGCCACCCCACCCGCAUCUCCCUCGUCUUCUACCAACACAAGAACUUGAACCAGCCCAACCACGGCCUGGCGCUGUGGGAGGCCAAGAUGAAGCAGCUGGCGGAGCGGGCGCGGGCCCGGCAGGAGGAGGCAGCGCGCCUGGGUCUGCCGCCAGACGCCAAAGCCUUCGCCAAGAAGCGCAAGUGGGGCGGCGCGUUGGCGACCGAGGCGCCCAGCAAGGAGAGGAGGGACUCGGUCCCCACGCGGCAGGCGGUGGCCAUCCCCACCAACUCCGCCAUCACUGUGUCCUCCUACGCCUACACCAAGGUGACGGGCCCCUACAGCCGCUGGAUCUGAGACGGGCGCGACCGCCGCGGCCCCAUCUUACCUCAACCCUCGGCAGCGCCGGUGCCCGGCGUUGCUUCGUGGUGCUUUCUCCUCGGGCGUGGGGGAGAAGAAAAAAAUAAAAAAAAAAAAUAAAGAGACAAAAGCGAAGCAAAACACAACAACCACACCACAAAAAAACAAAAAAAACAUCCAACCCAUAGGAAGCGAACCCGACGUGUGGAGCCGGCGCGGGCGCGCGCCGUCAGAGAGCUGCGCCCGGCGAGGAGUUGGCAAACCAAGCAAAACUGGGUAAAAUAAAAGAAACACCCAGGAGGAACGAUGCUGUUUGAUGAUUUUAGGUAAUCUCCUAUUUAUAUCUCCAUGUUUUUUAAUCUAGCCUCAGAUGAAUUUCCUAGCGUCCUUUCGCCAGGAGAGGUUUUUAAUUCCACUUCAAGGAAAAGCCUAUUUGUCGGAUUUGAUUUUAUUUUAUUUUUUACUCCGAUGACAACGACGAAGCCGAUCUUCGAAAGAGAAGCCAACGUGGAAAAAAACCCACCCUGAACACAAAUCCAAACCAACCUGAACACCAAACCAGCUUAAGGGCAAGAGGUGACUCCUGCAGCAGCUCCGAGGCUGUCGGGAUCAUGUGCUUUACCGUCAGCCGGACACGCUGAACAGACCGAUUAUUUUUAUUCCUAAAGGACAUAAAAAUACUUAUUUUGCAGCUCGAGGAGCCCUUUCUUACAGCGACGGGAGCCCACAGACAAGUGGGAUGUCCCGGGAUGGCACGUCUUCGCUCGGCUCCUCCUCCGGCGGGAUUGGCUCCACUGGGACGGAGCGAGCCGGCGUCUUUCCCGGCGCUGGAGACCUCAGGACACGUCCGGGCUGGGAACACCGCUGCCGGGGGGGGCCGCGCUUGGGCUCGGACUUGUGGCUCCUUUGCCGACAGCCCCGGGGCGAGCGGCGGCGGCAUCUCCAAAGGAGCUGACAAGACAAAGAAACAGAAACGAAAAAAAAACAGGAAAAAAAAAAAACACAAACCAACCCCAAACUGUGAAUAGCGAGUGUUGCUCUCUGUACAUCACUGUUGCUAAAGUCUGGUGCUUUCCGUCUCCGGGGGACUUUCUCCGCGCGAUCGGCUCCGGGAAGAGCGAAUCCCGAAGACUUGGCUGGGGCAAACCCCGCCGGGUCCACCUUCCCUGCCGGUGCCGGCGAGCGGGCGCGGCGGCCCCGGUGCCGCUGGGGCUCGGUGCUCUUUACUCUCCCCGGGUGCCAUCCCUCCUUCCUACGGAUCACCGUUCUUCCCGCAAAAAUAAAAAACAAACCCAACCCCAACAACCCAACCAACAACCCAGCGACGACGACGACGACAACCGCGUGGUGCUUUUGGAACAAUCUCUGUCGAGACUUCCCGCCCGACGCCGGAGCCGCGCCCGGAUGGAGGGGCGGGAGAGCUCCCCGGGAGCAUUCCCGAUCGCAUCCCGGCGUCGGGGUUGUUGCUUUUGCACUUUGAGGUGCCUUUUGGAAGAGCCAGCGAGGCAGCGGCGACGCCGUCACCGUGCGGGAACCACCUCGUGUUUACUGUCACCCUCCUUCCCCCCGCGCACGGGACACGGAUCGGCAGGAUCUCGGUAAAAAAAAAAAAAACAGCCUGAACAUUUACGUGGUCUGAUUUUAAAAACCUGUACAUAGGGAAAGAAUUUUUUUAAAAGCACUUUCACCUAGAUUUAAAAAGCGAAACUUAAAAAAAAGAAAAAAAGCAAACAACUCCCCUUCUUCCCUCUCCCCUUCCCUCCCACUUCCCCCCCCCAACUUGAAGCAGUAUGUUUUAAACAAGAUUAUCGUGGGAGAACUGUAAAUACUGGCAGAAUAUUUAACAUGCUUUGUCCGUCCUUCAUCAUUAAUGAAUUUUUUUUUUUUUUUUGUUCGUUUUUUUAACCGUAAUCUGUAAAGUCGCGUAUAUUUGACAAGGAAACUCAACGAGCUAUUCCCGCUUUUCUUAUAAAUACCCAAUAGCAUAUCAGGAUUGUAAGAGUCGACGGCAAGUCGGAUUUUAGGGACGCCCGUUCCAGCGGUGGACCCGCCGUGUGGUUGGGAGGGCGGAGAGGGGACCCGGCGGAUGCAGGGCCGGAUUCGGGUGCCGGCCCCGUCGGCAUCGCCGGGGGUUUGUCUCUGGCUGGCGCAGCGGGGGUGCCUUGGAGCUUCGCCUGGAGCGUCGGGAGGGGAAGGAGCGUUGGGAGAAGGCGAUGGUCCGUGUAACCUGUCUAAGUCCUGCUUCCUUGGAGGUGUUUUUGG